AUGGACGGUAAAGUGUAUUUCCGUUACGGUGGCUUCUGGAACCGCUACUACCGCCUUGGGAGGUUCCUCCAAACAGUCAAGAUGCUUCAGGACGCAGUGACACAGUACCGUCUCUUCUCCCUCCGUCUCGAGUUCUUCCUCAACACAUGCGACCACCCCAUGUCGUUCCACAGCUCGCACUGGCCGAAUAGAGGCGGGCUGCCCUUCAUGAGCACGGGAUUCACAGCAGAUACGAUCGACAUUCCAGUGCCAGACCCGCUUGACCUCACAGGGCCAUACACCCCAGACCUCAGCACCCAGAUCCCCUGGGAGAAGAAAGAGUCUCGAGCGGUGUUUCGAGGCAAAACAACCAACUAUGAGCUUUUACCAGCGGGCAACUGGGGGGCCAACCCGCGCAUCCGCCUGCAUUUAAUGUCCCCCGCAGCGCCCCACCUCAUGGAUGCUCACAUCAACGCGUGGUCCAAGGUGGAGCAGCAUGUGGUGAAGAGGAUAGUAAAGGAUGGGGUCAGGCUCGCCAGGAAGAUGAACUUCCAGCAGUUCAACGCCUUCAAGUACCAGAUAGUGGCAGACGGGGGGGGAGGCAGUUGUCGCACGUGUGGGGUGCUGCGAUCCAACCAGCUCAUCAUAAGGCAGCACACGCCCAUGCUGCAGUUCUACGAGCCUCUGCUGCAGGAUCGGGUGCACUGGCUCGCCACCUCCCGAACCUUCUCAGACCUACACGAGGCGAUCAUAUGGGCGCAGCAGCACGACAAGGCAGUUCUAAGGAUGGUGGAGGCAGCCAAUCGGUUUGCAGACCAUGCAUGCACGUGGCACGGGCGCAUGCUGUACUGGGCUCUUCUUCUCGUGAAGUACCAAGACGUUAUGGCUGAACCUGAAAGAGUCUCAAAGCCUGCCCAGCUGUGCUUGAAACCCAUCGUGGCAGCAACAGGGGUGGAGAAGGAUCCAGCAUCGGUCAUAUGCAGCGACCCUGGCAGGGAGAAGAAGCAGCCAGAGUGUGCGUUCUUCUGUGCUGGGGGGAUUAUUCCUCCAGAAAGUUUCAAGUGGUUACCAGCUGAGUCGCUUGACAAACUGGAGAGAGUAGGACCUCCGUAA